AGACCGCGUCGCUCGUAACACCUGGCCGUUUCAGAAAAAAAAUCACCAGUGGCGGGAAGAUUUGACAGCUGUCAAAACAUAACGUGCGAAAUUUCUUGUGGUUUUGUGCAAUUUGCAAUAUAAUUUGUGUUGUUCCAAGAUAUUUUAAAGGCGCGCGCGCAGCCAAGAAUCGCUCCAAACCAGUCGCCGCCCGACCGCCGCCACGUACGGACGUAUGGAUUUUGUGAAGUGCAGUGAAAUGUCAGUGUAGUGUCGAUAAAUUACAGUGUUUUAUAUUAAACUAUCAAAAUGCAAGGCCGGGAUAAAUUGUGUGCGAAGCUCACCAGCGCGUUUCUAAGGAAGUGGUGGUUUGUGCUGGCCACCGCGGUGAUCCUGCUGCUACUGGGCAUCAUCUGCGCGAUAUUCUUCGGCACGUGGGUCCGCCUGUUUAUUGACCAUGAGCUGGUGCUUCGCCCCGGCUCGAUGACGUUCGAGUGGUGGGCGCGGCCGCCGGUGCGGCCCUUCGUGCGGGUAUACGUGUACAACGUGACCAACGCCGACGAGUUCCUCAACAACGGCUCCAAGCCCGUGCUGGACGAGCUCGGCCCUUAUGUCUACUCGGAAGAGUGGGAGAAGGUUAACAUAACCGACAACGAGAACGGGACCCUCUCGUUCCACUACCGGAGGACGUACACCUUCCAGCCUGAACUCAGCGCGGGGCCUGACGACGAUGCUGUGGUCGUGCCCAACAUUCCCAUGCUGAGCGCCACCUCCCAAUCCAAGCACGCGGCGCGGUUCCUCCGCUUGGCCAUGGCUUCCAUCAUGGACAUCCUCAAGAUCAAACCAUUCGUGGAAGUAUCAGUUGGUCAACUACUCUGGGGGUACGAAGAUCCGCUCCUGAAGCUGGCCAAGGAUGUGGUGCCGAAGGAACAAAAGCUGCCGUACGAGGAGUUUGGACUGUUCUAUGGGAAAAACGGCACCUCCUCAGAUGUGGUCACGAUGUUCACUGGCGCCGAAAGCAUGAGCCGCUACGGUAUCUUCGAGAAGUACAACACACGGGAUCGGCUCCAACACUGGACUACAGACCAAUGCAACAGCAUCGCCGGGUCAGAUGGGUCGAUAUUCCCGCCGCAUAUCACCAGGAAUGAUACGCUGAACGUGUAUGAUAAGGAUCUGUGCAGGCUGCUGCCUCUCAAGUACCUCCGCGACGUGGAGUCCUCAGCAGGAGUGGAGGGCUACCGGUUCACUCCGCCCGAGGACGUGUUCGCGGCUGAUGAACACAACCGCUGCUACUGCCCCGCCGGCCCGCCCUGCGCUCCCAGCGGGCUGUUUAACGUGUCGCUGUGUCAAUACGACUCCCCCAUCAUGCUGUCGUUCCCUCACUUCUAUCUCGCGGACCCGAGCCUUCUAGACGCGGUGGAAGGGAUCUCCCCACCAGUGGCCGAAGACCACAGACUGUUCAUUGACGUGCAACCGGAGAUGGGCAUAGCAAUGCGAGCGCGCGCCCGUAUACAGAUCAACCUGGCCGUCUCGCAGGUGGUGGAUAUUAAGCAGGUCGCCAACUUCCCUGAUAUCGUCUUCCCUAUACUGUGGUUUGAGGAGGGCAUCGACGAGCUUCCCGAGCAAGUGUCAUCGCUACUGCGGCUGGCGACGCGAGCGCCACCUAUCGCGCGCGCCGCGCUCGCGUGGGGACUUUCCGCACUAGGCGCACUGCUUAUACUGUUGGCAGUCACCUGCCUCAUACGAUCAUCCCACCGGCAAAGCACCCUCCGAUUGGAGGGGCACGCGGUGGCCAAGCCUCCCCCGGCCAAGGCUCCUUCCAAGGACAACGGCUACGAGCUCAACAGCAGGCGGUAACGGCCCGGGGUUCCUUACACCCCGGGGUCCCAUACGUCUCUGGACAGGGUGACUUCACAAAAAUACUGCAAAGAUUGGGUCAUUGUCAGGUCGUUUAGACUCCACUGCAGGAGCGCGACCCUCUAAUUUACCAGAGAAAAUAUUGGAAUCAUCAUAAAUAGUCUCCAUUGCAGGAGUAUAAAUUUACCAGCAAAUGGAGGAUUUGACUCUCUGGUGGGAGAGGCCUGAUGUUAAAAAAAUUGGGUAAUUUUUGCAAAAUUAUAUUAGGAUUCUUGCAUUGUAUUGAGUGUCUAAAAUAAAAUAUUAGGCGCAUAAAAGUACUAGCGGGAAUCUUCAAGUGCCAAAACAGGAUCGAAAGCCUUUUUGAAGUCGCUCAAACCGUUUUAGCGUUUCUAGAGACCAUUUGAAACUGUCUUAAGACUUUCAACAAUAGAAUCUCAUUGCGAUAGUUGUUUAUACAAAUUCUUGUCCGAAUCUCUUCAAUUAUUUGAAUUUUGGAUAUAGGGAGAAAUAAUGGGCUCAGAGUAGUGCCUUGUAGGACUCCUGAGAACUGUGGCCAGCUGUGUUUAUAAAUUGAUCAUCACAACAUUAUUAUAAUUAUUAAUUUAAUUAUUAAUAACUGCAGAAGUCUUGAGACAGACAAAGCAAGUUAGACACAUUUUAUUAUACAUAUUGUAAAUUGAAUACAACAAAAAUAGGGUGAACAACACGAUUUUUGACUGUAACAUUUUUUUAGUUUUUCUUCAUCUAUUUCGUGAUCAGAAAAUUGGUUGUUCACCGUAUUUUUUAUUCCUAAAAAUCGGGAAAAAGUUACUUUUCGAGUGGUGAUAUAAUUUUCAUCACUAGAAGACUCACUUUUUUGUUUAAUUUAAUAAAAAUGUAACGAAUAUUACGAUAAAUAUAGGCUUUUAGAUUUAAGCCUCCGUUCCGGCGAAUGAAAAAAAUAUUAGCAAAAUGAUUUUUUGGCAUUUUUUUUAUAAUUUUAUUUUUACUCUGUUUAAUAGUGUACCACCUCAUAAUGUUGCUAUUUUUAUGCUUAAGUCUUACAUUUGUGAUAGUCCUAUCAUAUUUUUUAUUUCCAUUAUUGAAAAUGUCAAAUAUAAAAUAUUUGAACAAAUUACUAUUAAUUUUGUAAAUUGACUUGUAUAAUUUUUUUUGAGAAAAAUUAGGGAUUUUUUUAAAAUGAUUAUUAUUAUUCGUUAGUUGUGACUGUUUAUUUUUAAUACUGUAAAUACAAAUUAUUUUUAAUCUAUUUUCUUUGGGCUUCGGGAUGCCAUUACGGUUGCUGUAAGUGACGAAUGUAUUAAAUGAAACUUAUUUUUUAUUUUUACCGAUAGCUGCUAGUCUUACAUGGGUCCGUCCUUAGGUAUAUUAGGAUUUUAACACUUUUUUAUAACUAUUUUCAUAGAAUAAAAUCUACCGAGGCGAGGUUUCUAUAUAAUAAUCUACUCUAUUAACAAAAUGUUGGUGGAAAUGAAUACAUUUUCAUGUGAAAUUCGCUAAAAUAUUAAGCGAAGUGAUUAUAUAAACAGAUAAAUGUGGCAAAUGUCUAUAAAAUUCUCUAUUUUUGUAGAUUUAUAUACCUACAUUUAUAGUGCUUUUCACAAAAUAAAUAUUGUGGUUUAAAAAAAUAUAGGUAUUUUUAAAACACUAGCGCCACUGUCAAGAACUUUUUGUGAAAAAGACUGAGCUAUUUCCAUAGAUUAAAAAUAGACAAAUGUCCAAGUUCCACGGCCUGUUGUUUUUUUAUAUUAUUCGAGGCAUUAAACAAAUUAAUAUGUUUUUAUAAUCCAAUUUUUAAAUUGAAUCAAGAAGAUUAAAAUUGCUCUCUUACUGUCUCUCAUUCCUAUUAAAAUGUAUGUUUUAUUGUAAAAUGGCAAUUUUAACGUAUUUCUUUUUUAUUUUGUCAUGCAUUUGUUCAACAUAUAAAACAACAGGCCAAAAAUUUACAGUAAAAUUUUGAUGUAUGUAUGGUUUAUAAUAAAUGAAUGUAUUUUAGAUAAUUUCUCCAAUAACCGGUGCUAGGUUUGUCUUUAUACUGUCUUCGCAUUCCAAUUCUUUGUCUUCCAAGCGCAAUGUAAAUAAAUGUAGAAGAAUCUAGAUCAAUUUGAGAUGGUUAUAAGGUUUUGGUGGGAAUAUAAAGGUCAAUUACCCUUAUUUAUACCACGACAACAUUAAUAACCAGUUAUAAUAAGGAACAUGUAUCAUUCCAUUGGAAAAAGGCUUUUAAAAAAAUCAGAAAUGCAAAAUUAAUAAUAAUGACAUAACAUUAAUUUAUUUUAAAAAUAUUAUUAUAUUUUAUUUGUGCAAUUUUAAAAUGUGCUACUACAAAGCCGCCUAUAUACAUAAUUUAUUUUGACAGCUGAAGACAGUAGCGCCAUCUCUUGGUACGAUCAAUGAACUAACUAGCGCCAUCUAUCGGUCGAAAGGCUCACUGCAUUUAUUGUGCAUUGCGGUGAUAGUACUUAAAUAUAAUUAUUGUAAACAAUAUCAACGAAUUAUUGAGAUUCUUGUAUAUUAGUGCAGUUACUUGCUCAAAUUGAUAAUAUUGCAUCACGAGUUAUGUAUGUGGACCAUUGUUUUGUAAAUGUAAAUAAAUAAAGGUGUAAGUUAUGUA